AUGACGGUUCUGUUGAUGCACACGGACGAAAGGCUGUACCCGGAUCCGCAUCGGUUUCAGCCGGAGAGGUGGGUAGAUCCGGAGGCGAGGAAGAAGGCUGAGGAGACGUACGCGCCGUUCUUGAGAGGUACGAGGAUCUGUCUCGGGAUGCAUCGUACCUGGGCAGAAAUGUAUCUGCUUAUGGCUGCGAUCGUGCAAAAGUUUGACUUUGACUUUGAUGGUCUCACACCAAACGACCAUUUCAAGGUCGUGAGCGACCAGUUCAUCGUCAGCACCAAGGGGAAGGCUGUUUUGGAGACAUGGGUGUCGCUUCGUCAGCGUUGAGACCGGUCUGAAUUGUAUCUCUGGAAAGUGGGAAGAAAUUCAUGACGACGGUUGGCACGGUCAUAGGAAAAAGGCAUCAGGGGUUUCAGGGGAGGAGACCCACUUUUCCCCCUAUCUCUACCCUAACUGAGUACAAAUCAAAUCAACCCAAGCGAAUUCUCACUGUGACUUGAGACAAUCCCACUGUGCUCUCAAUACACGUGUCUCCCCCACAAGCUGUCCAACUAAGUCGGACAUUCGCC